UUAAAGGGCUGGUGUUUAUAAAGUCGUGCUUUUUAUGUCAUUCUGGGGUCAGUCACUUCAGUCACUCAGUCACUGCUGUCAGGAGCUGAAUGGAACAUUAAAACAGUCAUCAACCCGAGUGCAGAGUGCAGAUACUGAUGAGCUUCAAUGGAGAGAAACAGGGAGGAAAUGAAGGACCAGAAGCAGGAGGCCUACUGGCAGGAGACAGGUCGAUGGGGGGGCUACGAGGAGAGCUUUGACCCUCAGGCUGGAGUGUGGACAUCCUCUAACAUCUCCUACCUCACCUUCAAGAGCCUCAUCCAGCUCCGACACACCUUGAACACAGGUGUGACGAUCUUUGACUGUGAAGAGCGGACUCUGGCCAGCAUAGCUGAGAAGAUGGUUAACGAGAUGGUAAACAAAAAGGAAAUCAGACCUGGAGACCGUGAAGGACUGCUUAACUCUCUCCUUCCAAACCAAAGCCAAACAGACCCAGAAAGACAAGCUCUGUCUGACGGGCUGGACCUGCACAAGUUUUCAGUCAAGGAAAGGAGGGAAGAAUCUGAUCGGGUUGAGGCCUCUAUGGUGCUCGUAGGAGCGUUGGACUUUCUAGAAAGGCCCACAGUUGUGUUUGUGCGUCUGAAGGAGGCAACGGUGCUUGACUCUGCAUUGGAGACCCCAGUUCCUGUACGCUUUGUGUUUGUCCUGGUCGGCCCUAGCAAGUCUGACAUGGACUACCAUGAGACUGGCCGUGCUAUGGCAGCGCUAAUGGCUGACAAAGUGUUCAACCAGGCAGCGUUACAGGCAAAGAGCGCCCGGGAGCUCACGGAUGCUGUGGUCGACUUCAUGGACUGCAGCAUCGUAAUCCCGCCUACUGAGAUCCAGAAUGAAGCCAUGCUUUCAUCGAUUAUCAGCUUUCAGAAGAAACUGCUUCAGGAAAGAUUCCAGUCCUCUAAAUCGUCUGUCCAUCUGGACUCCAAGCAACGCAAGGUUUCCAUUUCUUCAGGGCCUCCUCCUGAAGACCCUCUGUGCCGCACAGGGCAACCAUUUGGUGGAAUGAUUAAAGACAUAAAGAGGCGUUACCAGUAUUACAAGAGUGACAUCACAGAUGCUCUCAAUGCACAGGUCCUUGCUGCCAUCAUUUUCAUCUACUUUGCAGCCUUGUCUCCUGCCGUCACCUUCGGAGGACUGCUCGCUGAUAAGGUUGACAACAUGAUGGGCGUUCCAGAGCUCCUCAUAUCCACCAGCAUUCAGGGGAUUAUCUUCUGCUUCGUUGCUGCUCAGCCUGUCCUGGUCAUUGGCUUCUCUGGUCCUCUGUUGGUGUUUGAGGAGGCCUUUUUUGCUUUCUGUAAGUCCCAGGGCAUUGAAUAUAUUGUGGGCAGAGUAUGGGUUGGAGUGUGGCUGGUCAUUAUUGUGGUCAUCAUCGUGGCCUUCGAGGGCAGCUUCCUGGUGCGUUUCAUCUCCCGCUUCACCCAGGAAAUCUUCUCCAUCCUCAUAUCCCUCAUCUUCAUCUAUGAAACCUUUGCCAAGCUAGUCAGGACCUUCAAGGCCCAUCCGCUGAUACUAAAUUACGAUCAUCUGAAUACAACUAUAGAAAAUCCAUGGCACCCAAGGGUGGAGGAGACAGUGAUUUAUGACCAUGCUACUGGCAACACAACCAUUAUUGUCAACACUAUUAAGCCGCCUUACCCCAACACAGCCCUGCUCUCCAUGUGCCUCAUGUUAGGCUGCUUCUUCAUCGCUUUCUUCCUGCGACAGUUCAAGAACGGCACUUUCCUUCCUGGAAAUGUCAGACGUUUGAUUGGUGACUUCGGUGUGCCUAUUUCCAUUUUCCUCAUGGUUGUUGUGGAUUACAACAUAGACGAUACCUACACCCAGAAAUUGGUGGUUCCCAAAGGUCUGAUGGUGUCCAACCCAGCUAAAAGAGGCUGGAUUAUCAACCCCUUUGGAGAACACCAAACCUUCCCUGUGUGGUUGAUGUUUGCAUGCUGUGUCCCAGCCAUGCUCGUCUUCAUUCUGAUCUUCCUGGAGUCUCAGAUCACCACGCUGAUUGUUAGUAAACCUGAGAGGAAGAUGGUUAAAGGCUCUGGGUUCCACUUUGACCUGCUGGUUUUAGUUGGCAUGGGAGGACUGAGUGCAAUAUUUGGGGUACCGUGGUUAAGUGCUGCCACAGUGCGAUCCGUCACCCAUGCUAACGCCCUCACAGUGAUGAGCAAAGGACCAAAACCUGUGAUUGAGAAGGUGAUGGAGCAGCGGAUCAGUGGCAUUGUGGUUGCCUUGCUGGUUGGUCUAUCCAUUCUCAUGGAGCCGAUUUUAAAGAUGAUCCCGAUGUCCGCCUUGUUUGGGAUUUUUCUCUACAUGGGAGUUACAUCACUCAACGGCAUCCAGCUGUGGGAUCGAAUACUGCUCCUGCUUAUCCCCAAGAAAUACCAUCCUGAUGAGCCCUACGCCACCAGAGUGAGCACAGGACGGAUGCACUUGUUCACAGCCAUCCAGAUUGUGUGCCUCGCAAUGUUAUGGAUUGUUAAAUCCAGUCCAGUAUCCCUCGCACUUCCUUUCAUACUCAUCCUCACCAUUCCCCUACGCAUGUGUAUGACUGGGCAUCUCUUCACAGAACUUGAAAUGAAAUGUUUGGAUGCUGAUGAUGCCAAAGUGACAUUUGAGGAGGAGCCAGGGCAGGAUGUAUACUGUGAAUCCCAGAUGCCGUUGUAGAUGUAUUUUACGGCAGCUUUUAAUUAAUCAAUGUGGCUCAAAUCAUCUCCCUUGUUGCAAAUUUGUUGCCCUUGAGCAAUUUUCUCAUGCCAAAUGCAAAAACCUUUAUUAGGCUAUAUCAAGAUGGAUAAAAUGAAUAUCUUAUAACAACAUUUUGGUUGAACAUUCCUUUGAGGAAUCUAUCAAUUACUCAGGUAAAUUAUUUGCAUUACUUUGUUUCAUUCCUAACUCUUGUGCCUUACAUACUACUGAAGCUAUAAACAUGAAUAUGAUAUUGCUGUUUUCAGAAAAAAUGAAUGUGAAAAUGUUUUUUCAGCAUUCCAAUCAAGAAAAAUGAAUAUGAAAUAAUAAUUAUCAGUGUACAAUCUUGUACAAUCUUGUUUAAAGCCAAAGAUAUUCCUUCGUUCUCUAGUGAAACACUAAAUGUAAUUAUGUAACAUAACAUAACACAUUAACUUAUUGCUGCAUCCACUGAAUGAGAGAUAGGAAGAUCAAACUUUAAUACAGGGAGAGCAAAUGUUGAUUUGUUGUCAAAUAUGUACUUUGUGUUUUCUUUUUUGCUUUCUCCUUGUUGUCUCCCUACAAAAAUAAAAACUGCUUUCCAAAUUAA